GAUUUCCGCGCGCCUCUUUGGCAGCUGGUCACAUGGUGAGGGUGGGGGUGGAGGGGGCCUCUCUAGCCUAGGGCCUGUGUCUAUGGUCUGGCCGGUAGAGUCCAGCUGCCCGGGACCGAGCCCGGGUGUAUGGCACCGGAGGAACUGGCUCCCGGGUCCUGAUAACGGGCCGCCGCCCCAGCUCUUGGUCGGGCAGAAGGGUAUCCCCUGAUCCGAGAAUGGCCACCUCUCGAUAUGAGCCAGUGGCUGAAAUUGGUGUCGGAGCUUAUGGGACGGUGUACAAGGCCCGUGAUCCCCACAGUGGCCACUUCGUGGCUCUCAAGAGCGUGAGAGUCCCCAAUGGAGGAGCAGCUGGAGGGGGCCUUCCCAUCAGCACAGUUCGUGAGGUGGCCUUACUGAGGAGGCUGGAGGCUUUUGAGCAUCCUAAUGUUGUCCGGCUGAUGGAUGUCUGUGCUACUUCCCGAACUGACCGCGAUAUCAAAGUGACCCUAGUGUUUGAGCAUAUAGACCAGGACCUAAGGACAUACUUGGACAAAGCACCCCCACCAGGCUUGCCAGUUGAGACCAUCAAGGAUCUGAUGCGCCAGUUUCUAAGAGGCCUAGAUUUCCUUCAUGCUAAUUGCAUUGUUCACCGAGACCUGAAGCCAGAGAACAUUCUGGUGACAAGUAAUGGGACAGUCAAGCUGGCUGACUUUGGCCUGGCCAGAAUCUACAGCUACCAGAUGGCCCUUACACCUGUGGUUGUUACACUCUGGUACCGUGCUCCUGAAGUCCUUCUGCAGUCUACAUAUGCAACACCUGUGGACAUGUGGAGUGUUGGCUGUAUCUUUGCAGAGAUGUUUCGUCGAAAGCCUCUCUUCUGUGGCAACUCAGAAGCUGACCAGUUGGGCAAAAUUUUUGAUCUGAUCGGAUUACCUCCAGAAGAUGACUGGCCUCGAGAUGUAUCUCUACCCAGAGGAGCCUUUUCCCCCAGAGGGCCUCGGCCUGUGCAGUCAGUGGUGCCAGAGAUAGAAGAAUCUGGAGCACAGCUGCUGCUGGAAAUGCUGACUUUUAACCCACAUAAGCGAAUCUCUGCCUUCCGAGCCCUGCAACACUCUUACCUACACAAGGAAGAAGCUGAUCCUGAGUGAGCAGUACAGGGGCUGCCUUUCCCCCUUCUGGACACUUGAGUGGAGAGAAUCCCACUGCCAAGGCAAACUGCCUUCCCUGAAGCUGUGCCUCCAACUUUUUACAGAGAAUAUUUUUAUGCCUUAAAUGACAACCCCCUCCCCCGCCCUUAUUCCUCUACACUAAAGGGUAUAUCCUCUUUUCUUCCCUACUUUAUAUUGGGAUCCCUUUUUAUACAGCAAAACAAAACAAGACAAAGAUAUCUGGUCUUUUCUUUCCUUUAA